AUGAUGUCUUAUCUUAAGCAACCGCCUUACGCAGUCAAUGGACUGAGUCUGACCACUUCGGGCAUGGACUUGCUGCACCCCUCGGUGGGCUACCCGGGGCCCUGGGCUUCUUGUCCCGCAGCCACUCCCCGGAAGCAACGCCGGGAGAGGACGACGUUCACACGGGCGCAGCUAGACGUGCUGGAAGCUCUAUUUGCUAAGACCCGGUACCCAGACAUCUUCAUGCGGGAGGAGGUGGCGCUGAAAAUCAACUUGCCCGAGUCCAGGGUGCAGGUAUGGUUUAAGAAUCGAAGAGCUAAGUGCCGCCAACAGCAGCAGCAGCAACAGAAUGGAGGUCAAAACAAAGUGAGACCUGCCAAAAAGAAGACCUCUCCAGCCCGGGAAGUGAGUUCAGAGAGUGGAACGAGUGGCCAAUUCACUCCCCCCUCUAGCACCUCAGUCCCGGCCAUUUCCAGCAGCAGUGCUCCCGUGUCUAUCUGGAGCCCAGCUUCCAUCUCCCCACUGUCAGAUCCCUUGUCCACCUCCUCUUCCUGCAUGCAGAGGUCCUAUCCCAUGACCUAUACUCAGGCUUCAGGUUAUAGUCAAGGAUAUGCUGGCUCAACUUCCUACUUUGGGGGCAUGGACUGUGGAUCUUAUUUGACCCCUAUGCAUCACCAGCUUCCUGGACCAGGGGCCACACUCAGCCCCAUGGGUACCAAUGCAGUCACCAGCCAUCUCAAUCAGUCCCCAGCUUCUCUUUCCACCCAGGGAUAUGGAGCUUCAAGCUUGGGUUUUAACUCAACCACUGAUUGCUUGGAUUAUAAGGACCAAACUGCCUCCUGGAAGCUUAACUUCAAUGCUGACUGCUUGGAUUAUAAAGAUCAGACAUCCUCGUGGAAAUUCCAGGUUUUGUGA